GCCGCAGAAGAAGAACUCACUCAGUUUGUUGUUGACAUCAGCAGGAGGUGACAGAACAGAGGCUGUCCUGUGCAGUAUGGCUCAAACUUUCAGUCUAUGAUUUAUAAGAUCAGCUGACAGGGAGCCAUGGGCGCAUUAGCUUGUCUUUCUGUGCUGUGCUCGUUGUGGCUUUGCCCGCUGGCGUCCAGCGAACAGGUGGCAUUUGUAGAGGCGUUUCUGGAAGACCAUCAGCAUGUUUUACAGGGUGAGGUGGUCCAGGGGAGUCUGGAGAACGACCCUAUGGAAAACCACAGCAAAAACAAACAUGAUCUCAAAGGAGACCUCAUAUUAAUAAAAGACGAAGCUAUUAAAACCAACAGUGAAAGCAGUGAUGGAAAGGAUCCGAACCCCUGGAUUGGAGUGGUACCUGUCCAGAUGGAGGAAGGCACAGUUUCCAGUAACAGCAACCAGGAGUCGUUUGCUGUCUCUGUGGUCAAUAAGAUGAAGCGUGCUCUUGUUUUGGGUGCAUCUGCUUUGAUUAUACUGGCUUUAAACCAGAAAACUGUCCGAGAGAUGGAUCUCUCUCAGGUCCUCUCAAAGCCAAUCAUUAUCAUUCAGACAUCAGAAAAUGUCACUAAGCUCAUCGGAGCACUCCUCAGGGGCCUUCAUGCAACGGCAAAAGUCACUUACAAGUCUUUUCUACAGGACAGUCUGGGUGCCACCUUGACCCUGUGGUCCAGCUGUGGCCGUUCAAGAGGAGGGUUGUAUGGGGAAUGGCAAGGGGUCAUCUGCACUGGGGAGACCAACUCUCAGGUCCAGAAAUAUCUUCAGCAGCUCUGGAACACUGUUGUUCUGGUGGCCCUGGUCCUCUCCACAGGGGUCAUAGUUAAUGCACGCUGGCAGUACCAGGACAACCAGUUUAAUGAUGAUUUGGAGUCAGACCUAAAGCAAGACAUUUUAAGGAGAUUAUCAGCACUGAAGACGAGGAUAUACCGGCAACCCAAAGUGAGAUGUGACCCAACACAAACUCAACCGGUGGAGACAGACAGUUGUGCAGUUUGUCUGGAGCAGUACAACAACAACCAGUGUUUGAGGGUGUUACCGUGCCUCCAUGAAUUCCAUAGAGAUUGCGUGGAUCACUGGCUACUCCUCCAGCAGACCUGUCCUCUCUGCAAACGUAGCGUGCUUGGUAAUUUUUAUUGAGCUGGACCAAGAAGGAUUCUGGACUAGGAAUUUGUGGAAUUGGAUUGACUCUUCCAAUUCAGACUUUUCAUGGCAACUAAACCCCUCCCCUGUACUGUAAGGUCAGAAUACCUCCAUGGUAAUGAUUUUUGACCUCUCCAAAGACUAUAAACCUUGUGUUCUUGACUCCAAGAUUCUGGACUAGUUCCUGAUCUUGGGUCAAACCACUUGAGACGUUUUUUUGAAGGUAGGUCCUUCUACAUGGGAUCAAUUCAUUUGCGCACAGUUGACUACUUUAGAUACGUUUGUUGAACCGGCUCAACAAUUCACAGAUACACGGAUUGUGAAGUCAUAUACACAGCAAAAAACAAAGGUAAUAUUUCAGAUCUCUUCAAAUUAAGGAAGAAUCAUACACCUAAAAGUCUCACAUUUUUGUUUAAACAAGGGUAGGCAUGAAGUUAGGAUAAAGUCCUUUAAGAAAAUAUAAGAAAUAGUAUUCAAGCACUGCAUAAGAAAUCUGUCAGUAGAAUAUAACUCAACAUUUUCCUCUGAUAUGAGACCAGGGCUGGUGCCCAACCUGGCCGUUUCACCAAAAAUAGAUGCUGUUCUUGGCUGGUGUAGGUCCUAACCUUGAAGAUGUGAUCUUGACAUCUUUUGAGAACAUACAAAAUGCUUCUGGCAAGACCUUUAAGCAGAAACAUUAUCAUUACGUUUGUUUUUGGAAUGGUUGUGUGGUAUGGAGCCCCACAUGACAUGCAGAAAAAAACAUAUUGUGUCCAUGAUUUAUUAAUU